AUGUUGCAUUUGGAAGAUGACAAUGGACGACAAAGGUCAGUGAUAGCGAAUUUGCAGAAAUUCGUUUAUUGCUGCCUGUACUUGAGGUUUAUCAAAGAUGGAUCAUUAUUCUUGAUCCUCCUGGGGUGGAUAAUUUCAUCGCUCUGUGAUUUCAUUCAGGAAUUGACACUCAGGUACCUGAAGAAGAACUAUUUAGAGGUGGGCCGCGACAAUGAUCAGGAAGAUGAUGAAAGUCUUGCCAUCAGAGGGUUAGAAACACCUAUUGUAAGAAUGAUAAUAAACAAAGCCAUACGAUAUUACCAAGGCCUAAUACUUCUAGAAACAGCGUACUGUAUAGUAUACCACAUUAGGCUAGACGUAUCGAGAGACAUAUGUUCCAAACCGUACGGAUUUGUGAUAAUGCUUUUGAUAAGGGAAUUUACUUGUCCGGUACCCACAGCGUUUCCUAGCAAGCUACUUCUGGUACUACUCGAUAUUUUAUUACUUUUCUGCCAGAUUGUAAUAAUAAACGGCUCACUGAGCUCGAGUCUUCAGAACGUGAAACUUAUUGUCAAGGAGUUGAAUGCAGAAGAAGAGGGCGCACUCAACAUUCUCAAACUUAAUACCUGGCACAUGGAUGCAACCGGACCGGAACUCAUAGUACUCAAGAAUCAUGACAAGUCGAUUCCUCAACAGGCAGACGGGGAUGACGCUACAGAGAUCACUCCUCUACUGAAUAUCGCCGAAUAA